CUCUCUCUCUCUCCAUGUUGGCUUCCGCUGAUGUCACCCAGCUGACAUGCUGAUGAACGAGAACCAGUCGUUCAUUACGGCAGCGCAGACAGAGUCUGCCAUUCUUUGAAUAACACAACCAGGCAGGUUAGAGGCGCUUCGGCGCAGAUUCGCCGCUCCCUCCCUCCCUGGAUUGAAGUUUGCUUUGAUUUAAAAAACAUAAAUUAAAUCCCAACAACUAACACAUGAAGAAGAAGAAAAACGGCUAGCUACGUCGCUAGGUUUUGCAAACACGUAAAGAAGCGUAAUGUCUUUGCUUUGAGUGUGUUCGGUUUGAGACAACAGAGGGUGUGUUGGACCUCGGUACCAUUAUUUGAGUCAUGUUUUGUGUAAACUAAUUAUUGCUUAUAAUGCACGAUUCAGUCAGUUGAUUGGACUCGCCUGAUGCCGCCUCUGCAGACGGACCCGGGCGGCGUUUUGUCCAGUCGUCAGGAUCCGCUGUGACCUUUUUUGUAGGUCAGCGUGGCAGUUUGUUGUUUCCUUUUUUUUCCCCCCCAUUUCUUUCUCUCUUUUUUUGCUUGAUGCCAUGGAAAUCCGACAGAGAUGAGGGCAGGAGGGGAGUGACGAUGAGGGGUUUUCCGCUGAUGUGUGCGCCGGUGAUGAAGAUGAAGCGCGUAUAUUUAGAGAGGAGAUGGACAGAGAUGAAGAGGAAAGGAGCUUCGCGCCGUCUGCUGCUGCUCAGCCUAAACUCGCCAAGCAUAAGCCACCAUGGAAGCCGCCAUCACCACCAUCGUCUCCCAGUUUAAGGUGUACGCUGGGAAUGAGGGAUCCUCCUCCACGCUGAGCAAAGACGAGUUUCACAAACUGGUGACCUCUCAGCUUCCCAACUUCGUCAAGAACGCCAGCGACCCCGCCUCCAUCGACCAGCUCAUGAGCUCCUUGGACGAAAACGACGACGGGGAGCUGACCUUCUCCGAGUUCUGGCAGCUGAUUGGAAAACUGGCGGGCAAACAGGGAGGCUUCAGCUAGUCGACCCGACCCAGUCGGCUCGCUUAACUCCUGCUGUAAAACGGAGCGAGAGGCCAUCUGAUUUCUUUUAUCUCUCUGUGCCAGAGACGCAUGUGUAACUGGCGUAGUUAACCAUUUGUUUGAUGGGAGGAACUUUGAAUUAAAGCCUCUGUUGUUUUAAACCCUGA